CUACAAUUCUAUUUCUAUUCUAUCCAAUGACUCGAGACUUCAAGGUCUAAUACUUACUUCCAUGUACUUAUCUCUGCGGCCAACUCCUAAAACUGGUUAUUCGAAAAGAUCGCCCUGGUUUAAGUUACAACACCCCCCUGCUGCCGCAACGGCAAGACUUGUCGGUUAGAGCCUAGACGACCGACCGAUUCGUCACCUACUUGUGGCUAUUGUUCCGUCGGAUCAUACAUAUAUAUAUAUAUAUAUAUCAUGGUGCAGUAUAUCCACACGCCUUGGCGGGACCGCGGCGAACUGCUGCGUGUUCGUCAGCAGUUUUACCCAGCUGGAACUGGCAGCACAGCCGAUUCCCGUGACGAGGGGCAUGGUGGUGAGAAAGGGAGAGCCGAGGAGGCGGCGAAGCAGCACGCCGUCUCGCGCGUCUCCAUGUGGAUGCAGCGCGGCGGCUGUCCCCACUUGGUCGAGUCUACCGCCCUGCUCGUGGCCGCCCUCCUAAGCGACGUCCGCGAGACCAGGGCUACUUCAUCAUACGCUAUUCGCGCCGCGUACGCCGCGGCUUUUAGUCGCUUUGUAACCGGUCUCUUAGACAGCCAGCAGGACAAGCAGCGCAAGAUGAGCAUGUACUCGAUCGCCAAAACGAUCGGGUUGCCGGCGACUUUUGUCGAGCUGCGGCACCAAGCUACGCAUGAGCAGUUGCCUUCUCUAUCAAAGCUCAGGACUGCGGCGAAGAAGGCGCUGGUCUGGAUAUGGGACUACUACUGGAAGAAUCUGCCGGGCGAGGACGGCAGUACUGGUGAAGACAAGCCAAAUGCUUGCCGGAGUUUAUUAUUAAGGUAUCUAGGUGAGGACUCGACAGUACAGGCGAAGACGCUGCAGAAGCAGUUGAAGCAGUGGGAUGAGACGGUCUUGCUACAGAACUUAGCGGAGAUCGAGGAUUCGUCCGAGGACCCGAAGAUCAUCUCCCGGUGCCUACGGUUGUCGCAGGUUAUACUCGACGGAGACUUUACGUCUUCGUCGAUUGUGAAGAAAGACGCGGAAAAUGUGGCUGCUGCGAAGACGUUGGAUGACGUUAAGGCUGAUAUACAGGCGUUGGACGAGGAGCUUGAGGCGGUAGAGGGUGUUGGUAGCAUAUCUGAAGCUGUUGAAAUGCCUACACAGAUGCCGUCGAGUCAGGUAAGGGGGUGGUCGAGAUAUGAAGGCCCGUGGAAACCGAAGCCGAUUGGGGUUGUGUAGGUAGGGCAUUUUUAUAUUAUUUAGGAUAUUAUCUCUGCGUAGUAAUUGAGAUGAUGUCCCCCAAGUAAUAUACUUACGGCAUAGAUAAUCUA